ACCAAGAUAUCUUGGUUUUAACAUAUUUGACGCAUCCUAUAUACAUGACUACGCCACUGCCUGGUUAGGCGAUUGGGCCACUUCACCUGCAGUAUUUUUAAAUUCAAAGUAAAUUUUGGCGCCGUGAUGAAAAUUAGGGCAGUUUUGGCUUUAGGCGUUGAAGUAAUAUGAGAAUGCGUCUAGAAGUAAUUAAAUACAAUGAAUACACAAUUUCAAGUUCAAAUUCCAAACAUGAAUCAUACGCAUAUCGAAAUUGUUACACUUGCUUCCUUGUUAAUCGCGUAGUUUAAAUCACCUAAUGUCAACAACAAGUGUAAUUGACGAGAAAAAAACCAGCUGGAUUAUUCCAAGCUGGUGUUCAUGGAAUAAAUUUUCGGAGAGUAUGCUGCGUGCCGUGGAGAAGAAAAUACUGUCAUAUCUUAAAACCGCCUAUCGAGGAUGGUACGUUGACAUUGGACCGACAAUCGGUGCAGCUGACAAAAUAUGGACCAUUUCGUUAAACGCAGACAAUCAAAAUACUCCCAUAGUUUUGCUACACGGUCUAGGGGCGGGUGUCGCUUUGUGGUGUCUUAAUUUGGACGCGUUUGCGGCGACGCGACCUGUGUACGCGAUAGACAUGAUAGGAUUUGGGCGUAGUUCUCGACCGGCGUUUAGUACAAACGCAAUGGAAGCGGAACAACAAUUUGUACGGUCGAUAGAAGAAUGGAGGCACGAAAUGAACCUCGACAAAUUCAUACUGCUCGGUCACAGCAUGGGCGGCUUUUUGGCAGCAUCUUACUCGCUCUCACAUCCGCAACGCGUCCAGCAUUUAAUACUCGCCGAUCCGUGGGGUUUUCCGGAGAAGCCUCCGGAUUCGGAACGCAGACCUUUGCCUGUUUGGGUACGUGCCGUCGCUUACAUGAUGUCGCCUUUUAAUCCACUUGCAGCUAUUAGAGCGGCCGGACCAUGGGGAGAGUGGAUUAUUGACAAGGCAAGACCAGAUAUUGCAAAAAAAUUUACCCCCGUUGUCGAAGAAUGUGGUUUAAUAACGCAGUACCUUUAUCAGUGUAACUCCCAGACGCCCAGUGGGGAAAGUGCUUUUCACAGUAUGACUUCUGGUUUCGGUUGGGCGAAAAAUCCUAUGGUGCAACGGAUUGACAAGCUGGAUAAAAAUAUUCCCAUAACCCUCUUGUACGGCGCAAGAUCAUGGGUGGAUAAUUCAGCCGGUGAGAUUAUUAAAAGUAAACGAGUUGGCUCAUACGUUCAACUACAGAUCAUAUCCUCUGCGGGUCAUCACGUUUACGCAGAUAAACCGGACGUUUUUAAUAAAUAUGUAAUUGAAGCAUGUAAAUACGCCGAUAGGGUAGGUAAUAAAUACGAGUAUUUAAAACCUUCAAAUGUUGAUAAAACAGAAUCGGAUAUUGAAGAAGACGUAGAACAAACAUUUCCCGUAAUUGAAAAUUAACCAGGGUUUAGUUAGUGCACAUUUUAGCUAAUUGUAGCAGGUGGAUGAUAUUUGUAUUAACCAGUGAUCAUUUUUAUUAUUGACUUCCAUCUUGUCUGUUAUUUAUAGAGGAAAGUUACUGUGAAUAUAUCGGAAUAGGUUCA